AUAAAAACAGAGUCUUGCUGUGACCCAUUAAGCUCGAAGAAGAGAAACAGCUAACCUGAGGAAAAUUGAGGUUGAGGACGAUGAUUUUGGCCCCGGGAACGUAGAAGAGAAAUCGAUUCUUCAAUGGGAGUUGGGGAGGGUUUGAGAGCAAAUCGAGAGAGCUAGGGAUUACAUUUCAUUCUCUACUUCUGAUUUGACCCUUCACUGUCUCCAUCUUCUCCUCCUCCGAUUAUUAAUUAAUUAACAAAAAUAGAAAGGGAGAGAGAUGUGGUGUCGUAAUCACAGAUAUAAAAAGGGAUGAACGGGAAGGCCUCUGUUUCCAAGGAGCUCAACGCCAAGCAUUGCAAGAUAUUGGAAGCACUUUUGAAGCAUCCGGACAAUAGAGAAUGUGCAGAUUGUAGAUCCAAGGCACCAAGAUGGGCAAGUGUGAACCUUGGGAUAUUCAUUUGUAUGCAAUGCUCUGGAAUCCAUCGUAGCCUUGGUGUCCACAUCUCACAGGUAAGGUCUAUAACUCUGGAUACAUGGCUUCCAGAUCAGGUUGCUUUCAUGCAAUCUACCGGUAAUGCUAAGGCAAAUCAGUAUUGGGAAUCAGAAUUGCCUUGUCAUUUCGAGAGAAGUUCAAGCGACGCGUUUAUCAGAGCCAAAUACAAUGAGAAGAAAUGGGUUUCACCGAGAGGGAUACAACCGGCUCCUAUAGUUAACCAACUAAGCUGCAAAGUUAGUCACUUGGUAGAAAGCGGAUAUAAGCCCGAAACUCCAAAGAAAGCAAGAACACUUUCACUUGAUGAAGAGAUCCUUCUUAAGCAUGUUCUUGAAGCAACACCUCCAGAAACAAGACUUCGUGGGGGUUCAGUAGAUAUGAAGGAGAAUGUGUAUGCUCUACCUUUACCAGUGGGGAUGGAAGUUAAGAAACCAAACCAAAAGAAUGAAAUUUUCUCCAGCGAACUGAAUCAUAAUAGAAGAACCACCAUAGCACCACCCUCGAGCUGGGCUACUUUUGACUGAAGACAAGAGGUGUACAAGGAGAAGAUGGAUGCUCUGGAAAGAAGUCAUCAUGUGGGUUUUUAUAAUUAUAGUCAACAGGUUGGCAAAGAUGGGAUGAUGAAUUCAAAAGUCAACAAGGGAAGUUGUUUUGUUUUCUAUUUUUUUGGUCUUUUUAUAUAUAUAUAUAGAUAGAUUGUUUCUUUAUCCAAUUUUCGUUGCUUGUAGCUAAAUCAUUUAAAUACAAAUGGAAGAGAGACAUCUUGAGUAUUUGGACAGAAAGCAAUAGAACUCACCAUCUUGUGUA